UCCGUUUCUAUUUAUCGUGGUUGAAAUCCAAUCGACGAUUAACUCAACAAGGAUUAACCGAUCGUAUUAAAUUGGAUGAAUCGACCGGUGUGAUUGGUUAAUUCCAAUCGAGCUAAUCGUCGAUUAGACUUAAACCGUAGUAGAAACAGAUAUGAGUUCAUACCGCAAGUUUUCGUACCGAAAGCAUCGUCCUAUCUCUCUUCAACGUGUAAAAAAAAAUCAAACUUAUGGGAAGAUUACAUAAAGCUGCAGGAGAAACACGAACAAUGUAGUGUGCGUUCUCCGUUUCAAAUGACGAUCGAUAAUUCCUCCGUAAAGACGGAAGACGAGCUAACCAUCCAAAAACAAUUGAAUAAUCGUGUCGUCUUGCCAGAAAGUAAUGUUUCAUUAUUGGAGAUGGACUCAUCAGACUUAGACGCAGGUGGCCAGAAAUUUCCCCAUAUCGACACAGAAAAUAAACCCGUGAAUCUAAGUGAUGAUUUUCUGGACUGCAGCCCGCCAAAGAGCCCGGUAUUCUCCAGAACAUAUCCAAAAGCGAACGGCACUUUUGCGAAGAGAUUCGUGCGAUCGCCCGAAGCAGCAGCAUCGUCAUCGGUGCGUAGCGAAGCAACAUCGGCGGAUAGGAAGAUGCAUCGUAAGGAUAGAAAAUUUCCUUCACAGUCCAAUCAGAAAUUGAAGAUCAGUACAACGUAUCACGUAGAAACGACAUUUUUAUCGAACGGCAAGAAGCUAAAGCAAUCCCGGCUUGAGUUUCCCGUUGAACAUGACAAAAAGAAGAUCCCGCCACUCGAUGUAGGUGAACUUAAGCCGACCGGUACAAUACGCGAAGCGAAACAAAAUCUUACAGAUACUUCAGUCGCAAAAACACCCGUUAUUACCGAAGACGAUACUGCAAGAACAAAUGAAACUUGGUUUGAGGAUGCGAUGGAAAUCAGUCCUACACAGAAGGACGUUCAAACAUCUAAGUCUAGGCAUUGCUUGAAACUCAAGAGAAAAGUUCCGAAGCAAACGGUGAACAAUUCUCCAGAUAAAAAUAAACAUCACCAUCUUGGUCCGGAUUUUGCGAACGCGAAGGCGGAAGUAGGUGAUACGGACUUCAACUUGAGUCUCUCACCCGAACGUACUUCCGCAGAAGUGAUAUACGACAAGUCCGUAGCUAAGAAUUCCGAUAGAACAGUUCAAGUAUUUAAGCAUAAUGUUAACGCAUAUAAUCUUUCGUUGACACGCAAAUAUAAUAAGGCAGACGGUAAAAAUACAAUGUCCAUUGACGAUGAGAGGAAGGAUCAAGGAAUAGUAAAAGAUGAAGUGCAAAAUAUUUCUGAAAACUCGGGUGAUUUGUACGAGGACGAGGUCCUUUAUCUGUCUGCCGAGCGAACUGCGAAUAAAAAUGACACAGAUAACUUCAAUCUGGAUGACACGGAGAACAAACCACCGGCGAAGAAACUGAGUAAAAAAACAAUUAAAUCUCUCAUAUGGUCGACGAAAAAGGAAAAUGUUUCCGAGCGGCUUAACGCGCGAAGCAAAGCCGACAGAGCAAAAUUGAACGGUUCGGACUGCUGGGAAUGCGAAGAGUAUUACAAGAAUCUAUCCCUGUCGAAAGAAGAGUUGAAGAAACGAAAGAAUCAAUGUUCGCGCCACCGGCACAAAUAUGAGAGGCCAACUACACCAGAAGGUUUCUGGGACCCGGGAUUUCCCGAAACGCUGUCAUGCACUUAUCGUUACAAUAUAAAGUGAUAUAUACUAAUAAUAAUUUAGAUAAGAACACAACAUCACGAGCGAAUAAUAAGCGUUUAUAUUUAUAUUUAUAAAUGAUGUGCUCAUCAGAAAUGUUAGGUGAUGUAAGUAUUAAUAAUGUAAUGAUUCAAGUGCCUGAUCAGGUGCCAAAUUCACUGACGAAAUUAACUGGCGCUUAAAUAUUCGAUAAAAAUUAACGAAACUAAACCGUAUGAAAUGCAAACAGAAUGUAAUUUUUUGCUUUAUUUACGCAAUACACGCGCCGAUGUAUAAACAGGAGAAAGUGUAAGCGCGUUCUCAUGGCUUGAACAUAGAUUGAUUUAUUAUUUUACAACAUGUAUAGUUAUUAUAUUUUUGGGUAACAUAGUAUAGAUUUUAUAUAUAACUAUAUUAUUUUUCAUUUAUAUAUAUAUAUAUGUAUAGACUCAUCCCUUUACAUAAAAAUAUAGAAUCUGUUCUGUGAGUCGGUGCUACUGAAGAAGGCUAAUCAAACUCAGUUGGUGAUUUCAAGCGAAGUUUGACACAGUUUCAAGGUACGUCAGUGUUUCCUGCCUCUCAGAAUCCCCGCGGAAAAUGAUGAUACAUAUUCGCUGUCACGAAACGAUUACAUAGGCUCGCGAGAAGCUUUGAUCCUUCUCAAUCGCUGAUCUCACUCGAUAUCUCGGUUUUAAGACAGGUCUUGUAAGAAGAUAUUUGAAUCGAAAGAGUCGAAAAAUUCGAAAAUUCCCCAAAAUUGUGUGUGAUAUUUGUAUGUGAUUUCCCUCGAUAAGAGAGAUAGGUAAACGUUACGGGCACGUGUACGAAGUACGGUGAAAACGUUGUCGAAACGGAAUCGUACGGUCAGAUCGUAGAAGCGCGAAGAGGUGCGCAAGUGUAUGCGGUCUGCCUACGCAAUAAUUAGCGAGUUUAAUCGCCAAGCAGCAAUAAAUCCCUCCUAACUUCGACCACGCCUAUAUAUCAGCCUGCAUUUCUUUCACGUGUAUAUAUAUAUAUAUAUAAUCUGUACCGCUUAACAUUAUCGCUCAUCAAGCUAUAUAAUGUUCCAACAAAACGGGUCGCGCGUGGUUUCCUUCAGGACAUCAAACGACACGCAUUAUCGAUUCUCUCACAGCGACUCUAAAAGAUACAUAACGUUGCUCAACAAUCGAUCGGACCAAUUUUCCAGUUCAAAU